AUGUCAGGGUUUUAUACACGGGCACUCAAAUAUAUCACUUCAUUUGUUGCGGAACUUCGAUCUAUCACAGGCGCUGAACACGAUCAUUGUAAGUUGAAAACACGAUUCGAGAUGUUUCGUAAAUCGAACUUAAAUUUCGUCUCAAUUUGCCUCUUGCUCCAAUCCACCGCCUCUGCGAGCGUAAAACCCAAAAAUUUCAGCGGCGUUAAGUCCAAUUUCAGUAACAGUCACGAUUUACCAGAGACAGCGGACCAAACUUUUAACAUCAACAACUGGGGGCUUGGAAAAAUUGAACGAAAACUGCUAUUGGACAUCAAAGCCAAAGUUGAUUUAUUCUUCUCCAAAUGCAAAGGUAUGUUUGAACACCUUAACAUAGGCGCGUCGACGGGUAAAAUUAUUUCCAUGGCUCUAGGAAAAUUCUUACGCAGCAGCUUCAUGAUAUUUGUUGCAAUUGUCCCACUUCUGUUUAUUGUUAUUUCAGCGACCGUUUCAGAGUGUCCAAAAGGCUGGGUUUCGCGUGGAAAGUCAUGUUACCUCGUGAUCGACGUUCGAGUCUUGAAGUGGAGUGACGCGCGAAGAACAUGCCAGAAUUUGGGAGGAGACCUUGCCGUCAUCAAAUCUGCCGAUGAAAAUAAAUUCAUCUUGGACUUAGUGAAAAAGCAAAAGACAGUCACAACCUAUGGCGUAUGGCUUGGCCUCUACAGGAAAGCAGACAACAAGUUCUACUGGGUAGACGGCACUCCAGAGGCAGGGCAGUAUUCUGCUUGGGCACAAGGGGAACCAAACUCUUUUUCCGAAAAGUGUGCGCACAUGUAUGGAGCCACGAGCCGCCAGGGAACUUGGAAUGACAAAGGAUGUAACAUGUCGUAUUCAAGCAUUAAUCCAGUCGUUCUUUGCCAGAAAAAGGCCAACUGAGGUAGCUGCCAAUACCUUUGUCAUUGUUUUUUAUUAGUGCAGUCAAUCUUUGCAAGAUUCCAUUAGAGAUACAGAUAACAUGACGUAUUGCCUGUUAAACCUUUGAUCCUGUUGAGAAUAAACUUGGUGAUGGGUGAAAGCUGACGUGUGUUUCAAUCUUAAAUCCCUAGAGUAUCUUUUCACUCAUUUCAAAUGGGAUGGGGGAAGGUGACAGGAGAGAAGCACUCACUGAAUCACAUUCUCCUCGAUCUUCCAAAUUGAAAAAAAUAAUACAAACAAACAAAAACCUUAAAUCCGCAGGUGAAUCAAGAGUCCUUUCAUGUUCACUGCAACCAGAUCACCUCACUCGAAGUAUCCAUCUAGAGUUGACCCCGCUGUUUAAUCUAUUUAUAUGAUUCGGAAGUUAAAAAAUCGAAAAGUUUCAUAAUAUGGCGAUUUUUUUAUUACAUUUCGAACCGCAAAGGAAAUUCCCGUAAGACGUGCCAAAAAUUUCGCAAACUAAAACUCCUGCAAUUUUGCACUGAUAUAUUUGUAUGAGCAAGCACCACCCCAGAUAUUUCUUUGUACUAAUCAGUCCAAAGUCCUGCUUUGACUGUCACUGGUUUUUUGUUUAAAUCAUCCACUAGACUAGUAUCUCUUAUCACCUUGUAAGAAUGAGUAUGGAAAGAAAAUUAUCGCGAUAGGAAUCGGACUCGAUCAGUAAGAAAGAAAACUAUGUGUAGCCUCUAGUCACUCUGGAGCGCUGUCCACUAAACAUCUUGGAACAUAAUGAUUGUAGAUAUAUGAAAAUCAUAUAUGUGCACUGCGGUGAAGAAACGCAUAUAAGAGAUUCUCGCAGCCAUGAACACUACUGAACUAGUAUUUGAAAUAAGACCUGAAAAAAAUUCAGGGCCUGAAUUCGUUUCUUCCCCGCAGUGCACAUAUAUGAUUUUCAUCACUUGGAUGGUUUAUUUGGACCAAACAUAAUGACCUGCUCCCAGUUGGCUUGUUAGCUCAGUUGUCAGAGCGCUGCACCGGUGUCGCAGAGGUCAUGGGUUCAAAUCCCGUACGGGCCUGAAUUUCUUUCAGGUCUCAUUUCAACUACUAAUUUAGUAGUGUUCAUAGCUGCGAGGAUCUCAUAUCUUAAAACAUCUUGAACAUCUUCCUAAUUUGUCUGUGGCUAAUUUCAGUUUUCGUUUUAAGACUUAAAUGGUGGAUAGAUUUCCAAAGCUUAUUGGUCAGUUUUGGUGUAGUUCUGUUGUGUAAAGAAACUCGGACUUACUGGCUGACUAUAUAUCAAGUUUUAAGGGAAGCUGGUCUUGUCAUGUUUACAACCAAAAUAGCGUCGUAAAAAUCAUUCAUCAAACUUGACUCACACUUCAGUACUGAAAGGAAGUUUUGUGCAGAACACACCUCCAACAUCCAGGCGCGCUUAACCUGCGAGCAAUCAGCUCAACGACCCGAACGGUUUUGUCGGCUGUCGGGAUAGUUCGAUUUGACGAUCAAAGCGAGCCGAGGAGAGGUCUGUGAGGGGACUUGUUAACAGGCUGGGCCAGCGGCUUGAGGAUCCUUGCACUCAAAUGUGUCAGUGCCCAGUCAAGUAUUCAAGUAUUCUUAGCACUAAAAGGCACAAAAUUUCCCGCCAUGUUUAGUAGCGAUUCAAUAGAGAGUAGAUAAUUUGUGAAUGAUUUCUGAAGCAUUAAAGUGAAGGUUUAAGGAAAAGGAAUGAUCAGUAGCAUGGUAUACCAAGAUGCUACAUCAUUUUUUUCCAAAUUUGCCUCGUCAUUCCAAAAUCUGAAAUUUUUCAGCGAAGCUCUAUUAGAAGGGUCCCAAUGGGAUGAUGGUUAACGACUAACUUUUGUAACGCUAAAAUUUCUCAAUUUUUUACGUCUGACGGCAAUUUUUUUUUUGCCAAUUUUUGGCGAACUGUUAACUCCGUUGAUACCUUCUAUUCGAUAGUCGAAAUGAUACUCACGGUUCAGUAGAGCUUUUAUUUGCUAUUGAUAUACUUGACGUACGACUGUGACCUCUGUAUUUCGGUCAAAGGUAACAAGCCUCGGUUUCGCUAGUCUUUACGUUAUUGAAAGCGGUCUUUCAUUUGAUGACAUUACAAGAUGAACACGCAAAUCUCGCUCGUCAUCCAACUAUUAUUUGGAUCACUACUCGUGACUGUAUUUCAGUUUUGAAGGACUUUCAUACCGCUUCUUCUAUUGUAAUGGGAAUUUUUAGCAGUAUUAUGGGUUUGAUCAGUCAUCUGAUGACCCUCAGUGACAUGCACUCUUGAAGCUCGAUACAUUUUCAUUACUGCACAGGGCUGGUUUAUUUUUUUUGAGAGAGAGGCAGCUGGACGAAAUGAGUAAAUGCCCAAUAUAGUGUUAUAUUCACGACACAUUCUCGUGUAAGUAAGACGCAAAAGUUAUUUAAUUCACCAGGUGGUGUAAGGAACAGCAAAAGUACCAUCUAUUCAGCCCCCACGUCACACCUCUCGACAUAGGCAUGAUUCAUUGGCUAAACUUAACUCCCCGAUGUCAAACUCGUAACCACGGUUAACCUUUUCACUGUUAUGCUAUAGUUAUUUUUAAAUAUUCGUAUAUCAUUGUCAUCUGAGCCAAUAAUAAAGAUGAAUGCAAGGUCAGUUAGGAAUCACAUGGGAAUUUGUAAAAUCAAAAUCACUCUGAUCGUGCCUUUGGCGCGCUUUGCAUAAAUCGGUACAUUUAUUGCUGCGAAAAAGCGGGUAGAUGUCAGAAAAUCCCAACAGUCAGAAGAAGGAAAAUAUCUAACAUAAAGUCUACUAGUUUUAGGAAUGAAAUUGAAAUUACUACGUGGUAUUUCACUUUUCGCUGUAGCGGAAACUGAAUCAUUUUCUUGUUCAAGUUCUAAUUUGCUUUUGGUUUUUUUUUAUCGUCGAGGUAUAUAUAUGUAUGCGGAUCAUGUGCUUCUUAUACGAACUCAUAACAGUAGGUCAGUUCACUUGUUGAAGUCUUCGCAUUACUUACUGUUGUUCGGACUGAUAUUGUCAUCAAAAUGUUUUGUAGUUGGGUCGUAGUUUUCAUUUUUCAAUUGGUGCGCUUUACUAUUUCACGAGACGUCGAACUUCAAAGUUCCACCGGUGCUACGUACGAACUAAGUAACAAGCGUGACCCACCACGUUCUAAAUUCGAAAUGUUUGACUUCAAAAAAUUUGGACCUGGUCCCCAAGUAGUGGAGGAUACUUUUAAUUUCAAGAGCUGGGGGUUCGGAACGACUGAGCGAAAAAUGCUGAUGGACAUCAAAACUAGAGUUGAUGCUCUCUCUGCCUCAUGUAAAGGUAUGAGCACAUUUUGAGUUGAAUUGAAUGCAGCUCUGCGUGAAAAAAUUCUGAUUCAUAAGCUCAAUAUUUUUGGGCGAUUAAAACUUUUAUUAUCAUCGUUGUUCCAGGGGCCGCUUCAGAGUGUCCUAAUGGUUGGGUUCCGUUCGUGGACUCAUGUUACUUGGUCAUCGACAUCCCAACACUGAAAUGGAGUGACGCUCGACGAACUUGUCAGAAUUUGGGCGGAGAUCUUGCCGUCGUCAAAGCUUUCGUUGAGAACAAAUUUAUCUUUGAGUUGAUGAAGAGGCAAAGGACAGUCACAUAUUUGGGUGUGUGGCUUGGCCUCCACAGAGCAGCAGACGACAAAUUCUACUGGGUGGACGGUACUCCAGCGGAGGCAUGGGAGUAUUCUGCUUGGGCAAAUGACGAUCCACACUCUGUCACCGAGAAGUGUGCGCACAUGUACGGAAACGGGAACAAGCAAGGAAAGUGGAGUGACAUCGUGUGUGACCUGAACCAGCAGGCUCUAAGCUAUUCUCCAGUCGUUCUUUGCCAGAAAAAGGCUAACUAAGGUAGCUGGUAAUCCCACUUUGUUUUGACUACUUAAGUCGACUGUCAGAGCACUUCAUUAAAUAAACGGUUAAUAUGAUGUAUUGCCAAUUAAAAAUUUUGAUUCUAAUUAAAAUAAACUUGGUGAUGG